AUGCCAAUCAGUGCCACUGCAAUCCGGUGGAACUCGGAGUAUCGUGUCUCGCGCGUGGGAGAGACCGUCGACAUCGCAUCCUCCACCAUCACAUCCUACCCGGUUCUCUUACUUUUCAGGGAAUCAGGGGACACCCUCUCCAUCCGAAUCCCUUCCAACGCCUGCUACCUGCACGGUUCAACAGAUCGAGAAUAUCAGCGUUGUCUCAUCAUGUCAGGAAGCGAAGAGGAGGAGGCAGAUGAUCCUGUUGUUGCCGAAUAUGUUGGAGAAGGUGUAGCCAAGAGGACGUUCGAGUGCGUCUUCCUCUAUAAUAUGAUCACUACAAAUGAUAAAUAUUGA